AUGCCUGCUCUUCCCGAAAUCGACUUUCUCACUCUACUCUCAGACACAUCUAAUAAAAGCUUUUCGAAUUCUUCGACUCAAGAUGAUAACAACUCCUUGAGCCCUCUUAAGGUGAUUUGUGCGUGGCCCGUCUCAGGCCAGUACGGUGCAGGGUCACGAUUCCUCUACUAUGUACUUGUGGCCACGUGCGUCCUUGCUCGGAAAACUGAAUGGCUUCGCAACGCUGCACUUGCUGCUGCCUUAGUCUUCCCGGCUGUUUCUGGCAUACACGGAAUUGUCCUUGCUGCAAUGGACAGAAAAGGGGGUGUUGAUCUGGAUGUUUAUGGAGCGUUGCAAUUUUGCGCUGUUGGUGCUUUGACAGCUCCUGUCACUGUGCGGUUCAGCAAAACAUACUUCAACACCCCUGGAAGGAAUGUAAUAUUCUUGUGGACGCUCAUUGUCCUAGCAGGCCUCAUGGCUCUUACCGUCGAGUUCUUCCGACUGGGCCCUCUUCCAUGCGCGGAUGGCGGUGACGGACUUCCCCUCUACCGGCUACAGGACUUCGAGUAUGGCACUACAAUGUGUGGAUUGAUCUGUUCCGCGGAGGAUGGUCCGCAUUCUCCCAUGCGAGCUGGAUCCGCGAAUGACAUCUACGUCGUCCCGGCGCCCUAUGUGCUUACCUUCGGCGCAGCGACACUCAUCGCUGCUGGGUCUUGUAUUCCUCCGAUCCUCUCUCUUAUUUCCACAUGGGAAAAGAUCAACUUCCUUAACUGGCAAGCUCGUUGGGGGCGACAACGCGAUGUUGAUAGUGAACCUGCGACAUCUACCAACGCUUCUGAGAUUCAUGCGGACUGUGCUGGCUCCCCAGCUGAAGCUCUCGGCAACACAGCACAGCUAAACGGAGUGGAUAACAAUCUUGCCCGCGGAGAAGUCGCUCUUCCUGAACCACCCCCGGAAAGUACUGAGCAGAUGAUGAAGAUCAAUGCUACGAUCAGGGAGUUAUUGAAUGUCAUCGAAUUUAUCGUCUUCUCUGGGGCUGUGGUUGCGUUGAUCAUUGUUGGAGAGAUGAAUUUUUGGAGUCAAUGGGCACCUAUCGUAGCCUCCCUACUAGCAGCCUGCGGGUCAUUAUACAUGUUGCUUGCCGAGGAGGCUACGGAUUUGGAAUGCGAACACGGGCCAUGUCAACGUUGUGCAAACACUCAUACGAGCAUAUGCCUUCAUCAACAUACUGCCAUGAGCACUGCUGCUCUGAUCCAGUCAGACAACUCCGAGAUGGCCGAGACAUGUCGUCCACAAAUAGCUUCCACCGAGCCAACUCUAUCAGGAGCCAACCCUGAAUGGGAGAAUGAGAACCAUGGCCUUGCAAAUAGCGUCCCUCCAACCGGAGCUGAAAGCAGCUCCGGGUGGUCAAGAAUGAGGGUAGAACGAUUCUUAAGAAGAGUUGCCGAGAGUCUUCAAACCCCAUCACGCGAUCGGUAUGAUGAUACUCAAGUCAGGCGGAACGCACUUUCCUAUCCCCUAGUUCCGGGUGAGGAUCUGAGAGUUCCUCGUUUCAAUGAGAUAAUUGCAGCCUGGGACGUAGUAACCACAUUCGCAGGGAGGUCACGUUCAAGUAGUCUGCAAAAUGGUGCCCCGGGAAGUGGUAAGAUUGUCACUUCUAGCAGGAGUAACUCGACCUCUCCAACGAAUCGGGUCCCUCAGACACCUACCACAUCUGUUCUGUCGUCGACUGGGAAGUUGCUCGAUGUGCCACAAUUUGGUCAAAGCCCCUUGUCUACGGCAUCAUCAGGUGCUGGUUUAUCCAUCUCUUCCAAGUCUGAGUCUGAGGCACCUCGACAGCAACCGCCUGCUGUCCCGCCCAUCAUCAUCACAGACAGUGAGCAGGCCUCGGAAAAGAUGGAAGGGCGUCAUCGUUCCAUCCCAGCUUCUACCAUGAUGUCACCGACAACUUCGGAGCCUCCGUGA